AUGUCGCUGAGCCCAAAGCACACGACACCGUUCUCAGUGACAGACAUUCUCAGCCCCAUAGAAGAGACGUACAAGAAGUUUAGUGGUAUGGAGGGCUCUGGGAACCUGGCAUCUCCGUUGGGAGCCUACCGGCAACCUCAGGUGUCCCAGACGGGCAUGCAGCAACACUCGAUGGGCCACAACGCCACGGUGGCCAGUACUUACCACAUGCCCCACACCGUCUCCCAGUUCUCCCACAGCGCAAUGAGCGGCUACUGCAACGGAAGCAUUGCCAACAUGGGCGAUCUGCCCUCUUACCAAGACACUAUGAGGAGCAGUGCGGCGGCAACAGGGUGGUACGGCGCCAACCCCGACCCAAGAUAUUCAACAAUUUCUAGAUUCAUGGGACCUUCCACAGGUAUGAACAUGAGCGGAAUGGGAACGCUGAGCGGGAUGGCGGACGCUACCAAAGCCAUGACCCCGCUGCACGCAGCGCCCAGGCGGAAGCGACGUGUCCUUUUCUCUCAAGCCCAAGUCUACGAGCUCGAGCGAAGGUUUAAACAACAGAAGUACCUUUCAGCACCCGAACGGGAGCACCUGGCCAGCAUGAUCCACCUGACACCCACUCAAGUGAAAAUCUGGUUUCAGAACCACCGCUACAAGAUGAAACGACAGGCCAAGGACAAGGCGGCGCAGCAGAUGCAGCAAGAGAGCAACAUGUGCCAACAGCAGCAGUCGCCCAGGCGGGUGGCUGUACCCGUGCUAGUCAAGGACGGAAAGCCGUGCCAGAACGGCUCCAACACUCCGACACCCAGCCAACAGCAACUGCAGCAGCAGCAACAUCAGCAACAGCAGAAUAGCUCUGGGGUCGUGCUUCCUGCCACAAGUAACUCUAUAAAUCAACACCAGAGUCAGCAGGUGGGGGCCUUAGUACAGGCCCAAGACCUAGAGGAAAUGUCACCCAGUCCUCCAUCCCUCCACUCUUCACUAAACAGCAUGGGACAGAUAGACACGUCUGUAGAUUACACUAGCAACAUGGUCACAUCAAACCUGCUUUAUGGCAGGACGUGGUAG